AUCCCAGAGAUUCAUCAUAUCUUGGAGUUCAUCAAAGAGCUUCGCUCCGCUACACUCGAAAAUGGUGGCCUUCCUGCACACAUUCAAGAUCGCCUUCGAAAUCCUCUUCGAUGUCUGCCUGAAGACCUUGACGCCGACACAUUCUUCUCCCUCCGGGUUUAUAUGGCAACUGUUCAUUCUUCCGAGAGGACCUACGAAGACAUUAUGGCUGCUGCUAUUGAAUGGAAUCCGAAUCAUAAUUCCAAACCCGACUCCCUCUGGCUCCUGAAAUGCCAGAUUGCAGAAUUAACUGGCGUGGAGCCCUUGAGCGGCGCCAUGUGUGUCAACUCGUGCACGGCCUUCUCAGGGCCUUGGUUAGACCUCGAGUCUUGCCCAUUGUGCGGUGAAGCACGCUAUGACGAGCAGAUCCCGCGGGUGCACGGUGUCAAGAAAGCACGACAGGAAUAUUAUGUUAUACCACCCGGUCCCCAAAUACAGAGUAUAUUCCGCACACCGGAGGGUGCCGAUAUGAUGUCCUACCUUGAGCAGAGGAUAGAUGAAGCCCUUGACGAGCUCGAGACCUUCCAGGAGAUCCAAACCUUUGUCGACAUCUGUGUUUCGUCUGAGUUUCUUGCACUUGUCAAAGCCGGCACAAUCAUUCCUGGCAAAGAUACAUGCCUCUUCCUUACAAUCGAUGGUGCACAGCUCUACCAUGACAAGGAAUCAGAUCUUUGGAUUUGGGCAUGGGUAUUCUUUGACAUCAAGCCAGGAACGCGAUACAAGCGUAAGGCUGUUUUUCCUGGUGGUUUCAUUCCUGGACCACAUAAGCCCAAAUAUCUCUUUUCGUACCUUUACCUCGGCCUACAUCAUGUCGAAGCUCUUGGACGUGAAGGCCUUCAGGUUUGGAAUGCCCGAACUGGAGAAGUUUUCAUCGACCAUCCCUUCAUUUUUCUUGCAGGUGCCGAUGGGCCUGGAAUGGCAUUUCUGACGGGGCUUGUUGGACACCAGGGCCGCUAUGGAUGCCGGUUAUAUUGUCCACAGCUUGGCCGCCGCAAGGGUGGAGGAAACACUUACUAUCCCACACUCUUGCUGUCUACAGACUGUACCGUUCUUACAUGCAGUCAUCCGGACAUCGACCCUCUGGCCUUUACACACGGGUCACAAACAGAUUAUCACAAAAACCUAUCAUAUGUCAUCCAAUCACAGAAUACACGCCAGCACAAUCAGCGCCGACUAGAGACUGGUAUCGUGAAACCAAGUAUUCUCAUGGGUCUCACCUGCGUGCUUGGUAUGCCACGGAUGUGCACAAUUGAUCUGAUGCAUGCAAACCUCAAUAUGCCCCAACUGUUUACGGAGCUGUGGACUGGAACAAUUGGAUGUGACCGUACAGAUUCUAUAGAUUCCUGGACAUGGCGUGUUCUCGUUGGAGAACUAUGGACAGGUCACGGACGCAUGGUGUCUGAUGCUACCCCAUACCUUCCUGGAUUUUUCGACCGCCCACCUCGAGACCCUUCCAAGAAAGUGAAUAGCGGAUACAAGUGCUGGGAGUUCCUCCUGUGGCAGCACGGGUUAUGCCCUGCAUUCCUACGACUUCUUCUCCCACCAACAUAUUGGUGGAACUUCUGCAAAUUUGUUGCAGGGAUGCGUAUCGUACACCAGUGGCGCACAAGCCGCCAUGAACUUCAGUUUGCAUCCCGAAAGCUUGCCGACUUCUGUGUCGAGUUUGAAGAGAUUUACUGCAAACGCCGCGAAGAUCACCUUCAUUUUUGCCGACCGGUACUCCAUCUAUUACCACACCUUGUUCCUGAGACAUACAGACACGGGCCGUUGUGCUGUUAUGCUCAGUGGGUCUUAGAGCGAACAAUAGGAAGCCUUGGACAAGAAUUGCGUCAACCAUCAAAAUCAUAUGCCAAUAUAUCACAGCAAGGUGUACAGCGAUGUCAAGCCAAUACUCUCAAGUCAAUGUAUCCUCCGCUGAACAUGCAUUCUCCUGAGGAGACUCUUCCCCGUGGUUCAGAAGACCUUGGCUCAGGCUAUAUUCUAUUACGGGCACUUGAGCGGUACCCUAGUCAGGUUUCAGAUGCAGAGCAAAUUGCCAUCACAGAGUAUAUGAACAGGUAUAUCACAGAGCUUGGAGCGGAACAUCAAAAUGUGCACGGAUGGUGGACUGCCCCGGAGUUACAAAUACAACGCUGGGCACAGUUACGGCUACCCAUUGGAUGCAUUGUUCGCUGCUUGUGGAAGGAGUCAUUGACAGAAAUGAAUCGGAUCCGUAUUUCCCGCAAUGUCAAGGUCCACCUACCACAUACUGACUCUAUUCAGUACGGUGAAACCCGUUACUUCUUCAGGGCCAAAAUGCCCAAUGGAACUGUACAUGGCCUUGCCAUGCUAUCAUUAUACUCCCAGCCAGACGCGGAACUGCUCGAAGCAUCGUCUGGCGUACUAUGGUCCUGUGACCACCUGGGUGACGAUGGCCUAGUUGGGGUGGAUGUGUGCAACAUUCUUGCUGUUGUUGCCAUGGUUCCAGAUUGGCCAAGCAGAGAGGAAGACCGUGGAGAUGAUCGUUUCUUCCUCGUUGAAAAGCCUGGCCUCGAUGUUGGGUUUCUGGCUGGCUACGAUGAAACGGCUGAAGAGGAAGGUGAUGAGUAA